CUCACGUAAAGUGCACGCCAUUUUCGGUGUAAAUUGGCGGGAAAUCUUAUAGUUCGGACGAGCCAUUUUGUAUUUUUUUUGUUGUGUUUCAAUUUUUAAAAAUCUUAUUUUAUAUACCUCCCUUUGUUCGCGUGUUGAACAUGACUAUUUUUUGACGAAUUAAUGGAAUGAUGAUUUUCGUCCAUUUAUGCUUAAGUCCGAUUCGAGUCUAGUAUUUUUAUUUUAUUUUAUGGAGUAAGAUUAAAGGACUUGACUGAAAUUGACUGAUAUGUAAUGAUAAUUACCUUGUAAAAAAAACGAUAGAUUUAGUUUGUUAUAAUGAGAUGUUUGCUGUUCAUUAUUUUGGCGGGAAGUGCUGUUAAAUGCGACGAGAAUAACUAUUUCGUCGUUGAAAUGACAGAAGACCAAACGUUUGAAACGAAAAAACCGUUUUACGUCUACUGGAACGUGCCAACAAUGCAGUGCAGAAGCAAGAAGAUCCCGUUCGAAGAUCUGUUCGAAAAGUUCGGGAUACUUCAGAACGAAAACGACAGUUUCCUGGGAAAGGCCGUCUCUAUCCUGUACGAUCCCGGGCUUUUCCCGGCACUACUCACCAACGAAACCAGCGGUCAGAUAAUAUUCCGCAACGGAGGAGUACCACAGGAGGGCGACUUGGCGAAGCAUUUGGAAGUUUUCAGGAGGAAUUUGGUGCAAUGCGUACCUGACGAAGAUUUUAGUGGAGUCGGCAUUAUCGAUUUCGAAUCCUGGCGGCCGAUCUUCAGGCAAAACUUCGGCGCUUUAGUCCCGUACAAGGACGUGUCGUAUGAGAUAGAAAAGAAACUUCACUGGUGGUGGCCCAAGCAAUGGGUGCAGACUGAGGCAAUACAACGCUUUGAAGAAUCAGCGCGGACCUUCAUGCAAAGGACGCUCUUAGUGGCAAAAGAGAUGAGGCCUAACGCGCAGUGGGGAUACUACGGUUUCCCGUACUGUUUCAACAUGGCCAGCAACAACAUGAAGGAGAAUUGCGCGGAAAAGGUUCCUGAAGAAAAUGAUAGGUUACAUUGGCUGUGGUCAGAGAGCACCGCUCUGUACCCCUCAAUAUACAGCUCACGGGACCUGACGUCAUCCCAACUGUCCCGGAUGAUCCGAGGUCGAGUUAAGGAGGCCCAGAGACUCAACAGGAACGACGCGCCGGUGCUGCCUUACUUCUGGUUCCGCUACAGAGACGGCGGGUACAUGACUGCAGAAGACCUCAAUUCGGCCCUGCAAGCGAUAUACGCCUCGAACGCCUCAGGGUUCAUAGUGUGGGGCAGCUCCAACGACGUCAACACAGUUAAAAAAUGUCACAAUUUACGUGAAUAUCUCGAGGGCACGUUGGGGCCGGCCAUAGCCAAAUAUACCGGGUCACAAAUCAGAAACGUCCCAACAGAAGACGUCGACACUACAACCACAGCCUCCAGCACAGUCUUAGCAAAUUACGACCCGGACUACCACUGGGAUCCUCCUGACAACUACGAACAAAACAUUCAAAAAUACGUCAACGAUGAAAUGAAAAACAAAACUGGAUACGACAAAACGAACGCCAGCUUCCCAUUACAUAGCUAUAAUGAUAACGCACUUAUAAAUAUGAUACUUAAUAACUUUAUCACUAAUGACAGUGAUGUGAACAAUGACAGUUCGAUAAGUAACGUGACGAGCGCAGGUCACGCGAGCACGCAGACCGCUGACACUGACAUGACAACUGUCCGGUUGGAUACAACGCAAACUAAUGAGUAUUAUGCUUCGUUCAAUGAUAAUACAACAGAAAUACUAGAUAACACAGAGAGCACAACAGUAGAAGGAACAAAUUUACAAGAUGUAACAACAAAUGAUGUAUUUAAAUUCUUCAAUGAAGACACAUUCAAUGAAUUCUCAAGCAAUAACACGCUAGAUACUGAUACAGAAACUAGUGACGUCACAGAAGAUAAUUAUCCCAAAGAAUUAGAUGUUUCUAGAAAGGAUACGGACAGCGAUCCAACCACGGCGCCACCUAACAGUCAGGUUAUUGUUUUAUAAAUAAAUAAGGUGUCGGGUACUGCUUCAGUCAUCGGUCUGGGACGCCUUCUGUAUAUGUCUGUGUUUUUAUUUGUGUAAGGGUACAGGGAAAUAAAUGGUCGAAGUAAAAAAUCGGUUGUCUGUAAAGUCGGUUUACUGACGAUAGUUGAACGUGACAACGUCAUAAGAAAAUACUGAUGGAAUGGUUUCAUUUUUCAAUUAUCG